AUGUCUGAGACGGGGAAUGUAGUAACAUUAGUGAGUUGCGACAAUGAGAAUUUCCAAGUGGACUUAGCUGUUGCUAAAGAGAUUGGCGCUGUGAAGAAUUUGCUUGAGGAUUUUGAGAAUGAGCGCACAAUUCCAUUAACACAAGUGAACAAAGAAACAUUGAAAAAGGUCAUCGACUUCAUUAGUCAUCACCAUCAGUAUCAAUUCCUUGGUGAUAACGAAGACAAAAAAGGACAAUUAACGUCGUGGGAUAAUUCAUUCUUCGAAAUGGACCAACAAAAGCUCUUUGAACUGAUCAUCGCGGCAAAUGUCUUGGAUGUCCAGGAACUCUUGGACUUGGGAUGUAAGUACAUCGCAGAAAUGAUUAAAGGCAAAAGCGUCGAGGAACUCAGAAAAACAUUUGGCAUUGUGAACGAUUUCACUAAGGAGGAGGAAGAGGAAAUUAAACAGAAGAAUAAGUGGCUCGAAGAAUUCAUCUGA